GUUAUAUUUAUUUUGUGUACUGGGCUGUAGUGUAUACAUUCUGAUGGGUUUGUGAGUGUAGGUGUAGGAGAUACGUAUGUGAGAAAUUGGGACUUUAGGAGAACUCAUACUUACUAAUUUCAGUUUUCGUGUGCAUUUCACAGACUGUAUAUUUUGAAAAGGGUGGUGAUCAGCUUUCCUGAGUCAUGGAUUGGAGACCUAAUCAGCGGGUGCUGACGCAAGUCCCAGUCACCAAAGAUCCGAUUAUAGAAAGAGGACCAGUACUAUAUGGCGGCAGAGGGAAACCACAAUACCAGCGUCAACCGCUGCCCGCUGUGCAACCACACCGACCGCUGCCUGCGGUACAGCCGCGGCAGCUGCUGCCCGCGGUGCAGCCACCACCCGUAGUGCAGCCGCACCACCCGCCACCUGUGGUGCAGCCGCCUGUCGUACAGCAGCCAGUGGUGCAGCAGAGCCACUACCAGCCACCGCCUGUGGUGCAGCCGCCUGUCGUACAGCAGCCAGUGGUGCAGCCGAGCCACUACCAGGCCUCACCUGUGGUGAAGCCACCUGUCGUGCAGCAGAGUUUUUACCAGUCCCUGACACACAGCACCGUGUCAUCCCAGGCUGUGCAGCAAGCAGUGGGCACGUUUGCACAGACAGGAAUUGCAGAAGAAUUCGUGGAGUUGAACUCCUCAAAUUCCUUAAAGUUUGCCAACAUGCACGGUGAUAUUCUUACUGAUAUUGGUCGUAAUGCUAGCCAGUGGCACCAGAUCACUAUCAAAACUCCAGUUCCAGAAUAUGAGAGAAGAUUUGUUGUCGCAGCCAUCAACAAACGAAUAUCACCACAGAAAAUUACGCCUUACUUCUUUCGUAUGGAAAAUCUACGCAUAACAUUCUUUGUGAAUAUGUGCGGUUUGGCACUGAGAACACUUUGCAGGAGAGAUCUUAAAGUGCCGUAUGUCUCUGACAAAUUUGAUGAGAUUGAAAUGACAGUCAAACUGUUCAGCAAACAUUUCAACCUCUCAGAAGCUCUGAAAGAAAUUAUUUCAAGAAGACUGGACAGUCCAAAAAAGUUUUUGGAUCUCUCUUAUAUAAACAGUAUUCCUGAGGUCCAGGAAAUGCUGUUUGACCCGACUGAUAAUUGGCACAUCCUGGACCAGAUGCUGAGGGUCGCAGAGGUCUCGGCGCCCGGGCUCGUUGCCCUCAGACUCGCGGGUAACGGGAUCACGACGCUGACCCUCCUCUGGGAUUUUCUGGUCCACUCCAAGUGGAAGUCUCUACGAACUCUGGAUGUGUCGGACAAUGAGGUAAAGAGCACUGGUACUGUUUCAUUGUCUCGUGCUUUACAGAUCUCAGAAGUCUACUUGGAUUGUAAUCCAAUAUGUCACAUGCUUAAGAGAGAUUCAUACAUAAGUGCCAUCAAGGCAACAUUUCCCCGUCUUGCAAAAUUGGAUGGGACUUACCUACACACCACAGCACAUCUGCCUUACUGGAAGCCAAAUUUCAUUGUGAAUGGUACUGGUGACCCAGGUGAAUUUGCUGACCAGUUCAUCGAGCACUUUUUCACCCUAUAUGAUGACCCCGAUCGAAUGAAACUCCGUGGAUUGUACCAUGAGAAGGCUUACUUCUCACUUUGCAGUUUAUAUUUGGAUGCACAAUUUACAACUCCCAAUGCAAGAUUGUCUGCUUACAUUGAUGAGACCCGAAACCUGUUACGUUGCUCUGAUAUGAAGAAGGCGAAUGCUGCACUAACACACGGCUCAGAGGAAAUCCUCGAAAGGUUAUCGAGCUUACCCACUACGCAGCAUGAUCCCUACACCUUCGCUGUGGAUCUUUUGGUACAUACGCCGAAGAUGACUGUACUGACAGUAACAGGUGUCUUCCGGGACAUUGCUAAGCAGAAAAGUUCUCAUAGACAUUUCUCACGCACUUUUGUCCUCCAGAGACGAGAAAAUGAUGAAUAUCAAAUUACUAAUGAUAUCCUGUAUAUCUCAAAUGCAGCUACACGUGAGGCAGAAGAGGCAUUCAAGUAUGUAAGACCACCUAAAAAAAUAAAGAAAAAGCGACCAACACCUAAUUUGUCAGAGUGCGAGAAGGAGUCCAUGACUGGAAUGGUUCAGCAACUGACUAGUAUGUCAGCUCUAUGGUCACGAAAAUGCCUGGAGGAUACUGACUGGGAUAUGAAGGAAGCCCUCCAGAUUUUUGUGGAACUUUAUGAGAUGAGCAAAAUUCCAAAAUCAGCAUUUAUCACCUCAAAAUAGUAAUGAAGAAAACUUCUCUCAGAAGAGACUGCAUCUCAGUGCUGUGUAUGUUGUGUUAACUGUACCUUGAAACAAUUGCCUGUAAAUAAAUAUUGUUGUAAUUUUGAUUGUGUAUUGGUGUUUCAAAGUGUGCAGAAGUCUGACAGAAAAUUUUGCUGAGCGGGCAUUGAAUGUAGCUACACUCUUUAGAUCAGAACCAUUCCAGUGUGGAUUAUACAGUAUGCUAUUUGUAUGUUAAUAUUUUUCAGUAAUUGCAGAAUGAGGAAGGAAAGGUGUCAACGUUGUCUGUAAUGGUGAAUUUUUAGGCUACAGCUAUUUGGAAAGACCUGUUUUAGCUGUUCCUCUGUCUAUGUUCUAUGUUGAUUGUGCAUUAAUGUGACAUACUUAAUUUACGAAUAUUCAUGUAAUAUACUCCAAUGCUUUUAUAUUAAGUUCUUCGUAGGAAUGUAUGUGGAAGACAAGUAAAAAAAUGAUUUACUAAUUAACUCAUUUUUGUGCUGUUCUUUGCUGGCAUCUGUGUGUAAGUGUAUUAUUUGCUUUUCACUUCUUACAUAACUUGUCCGUAUUCAUUUGCAUUAAGUGUUGGUGGGUGUCGACACGGCACAGCUGUUUGGUGAUGUCAGGAUGGCCCCAGGGGGAUAUAAAUACUGCUGUCCGGAGCUGAUUGUGCUGUGAAGUAGUUCGGCUGCAUUCCUCCAUCGGCCUGGAGUGUCUUGAGCUGUGGUCAGUGUCCUAGUGCACUGUCAUUGCCUCACAAUAGGUGGUCAGCACAGAAGCAGCUCAGCUCGAGUUGACACAGGUUGCAGACUGGCAUUUGGCACUGACUGUCGUGCUAGAUGGCACUGGGCUGUCGCUUUGGCCUCUGUUGUUACAUUAUUAUGGUAUGGGGGUCAUUCACCUGGACUUCUGUGGGGUAUGUUUUAAUAAUCAAAAGCAUCGUGCUGGUGUUGGACUGUAACUGCAUUGCAGACCAUUUCCAUUCUACAAGGGUGGUGGCAUCUUCCAGCAGGACAGUUGUCUCUGUGACAAGGUCAUAAUCGUGCUACAGCAGUUUGAGGAGCACAAUAGUGAACUCACGUCAGUGUCUCGACACUGACUGACAAACCUGUUGGAAACUGUCGGUUCCCAGCCCUGUGCUCACAAACCACCAGCCUGUACUUUACAGGAAUUGUGGUGGCUGUGCAUAGACAUCUGGCGCUAUACACCUACUGAGGACUUGACAAACUCAGGCUAUGUAAAAUCACUGUUGUGUUGCAUUCCAGAGGUGGACCGACACACUAUUGAGCAAGUGGUCAGAAUGUUUUGGAUCACCAGUGUGUGUUGCUAUAAAAUAUAUUUUGUAUUUAUGUUCAGUAGGACGUCUAACGUAGUAUAAGUCAGCAAGUGAUGUAUUUAUAAGGAAUGUCCAGACUCGCUGUUGUGUCAAUUUUUGUUUCUUCCAUUUCAUUACAGAGCUGUUUUGACUACAUUGCCAUUAUUGAGUGAUGUAUACAGGGUGAGUCACCUAACGUUACCGAUGGAUAUAUU